ACAUUUCGUGUCCCCCGGCCAGUGACAGAGGCAUCGAUGAGAGCUGCAGAGACAGGAAGCUGAGAGACGUCCAGGGCCUCGCACCGCUUCUGGGAGGAGAGAGAGACCGGUGACACCGGGGGACGUAACGGAUAGUGGACAUGGCUCCGAGCCCAGACGUGGACUCCCGGCUGCACCGCGCCCUGCGCCUCGUGUCUGGGGCCGCCGCUCACCUCACCGCCUUCGCCUUCACCAUUUACAUCGGCUGUAUGGCCCAGCCUGGAACAUCUCUCUUCUCCUGGCACCCGUUCCUCAUGAGUCUGGCGUUCUCCUUCUUCAUGACGGAAGCCAUCUUGGUCUUCUCACCUGACUCCUCCUUGCUGCGUUCCUUUUCCCGUAAGGUGCGGGUUCGGGCUCACUGGAUUCUCCAGAGCCUCUCUGGCCUCUGCGCCGUCCUGGGCCUGGCCAUUAUCUACUACAACAAGGUCCUCCAUGAGAAGCCUCACUUUUCCACCUGGCACGGCCUGCUGGGGUUACUCACCGUGCUGUGGGCCCUGAUCCAGAACGGCGCCGGGAUAACACUGCUGUACCCCAAACUGGUGCAGCGCUGGACUCUGUCCACCCGCAAGCUGUACCACGCCACCUCCGGCCUGCUGGGGUACUUGCUGGGGUGCACCAGCCUCUUCCUUGGUAUGUGUUCCCUGUGGUUCAGCGCCAAUGUCACUGGCAGCUCGUGGUACCUGUGUGCCCUGUGCCCGCUUCUCACUGGUCUGGUGGUGAUGAAUCAGGUCAGCAACGCUUAUCUCUAUCGAAAGAGGAGCCAGUCCUGAGGCGGAGGACACCGCGGCUUCUCGUGGACGCUUGCACUGUAGAUGCCAUGCUUUUUAAUCCUGGACUCCAAGGACUAGAAUCCUUAAGGACCUAAAAUGCCUCCCCAGUCACCCUGAGGACUGUUGGCGCUGCAAAAGCCCCUCCCCGGGGACGCACCGGGCUGCGGACAUUAUUUUCAUACUUGUUACAGUAAAAUAAAAGGGAGGAUUUUUAUCUUUA